AUGUUACGCUCAUCUGCUGAUAUUAAAACUGUUGCUCGUUCCGAGUCUUUGAAAAAGGCUAAUACAAAGGAAAAAAAACAAACUACAAAAGACAAGUCAAGUAUUCGUAUAGCAAGACCAACGUCACUUUCAUCUACUUUAACCUCGGCUCAAAGACUGGUUCAAUGUUCAACACCAACUGCAGUCGAUUCGCGCGUCUUAUCAACGAAACCACGUUCAACGACACACUCGACUCUUGCUGCUGCAAAAACUAAUAGUGUUGUAUCUAAACCCAAAUCAGUUUCAAAUACUCGUCAAUCUACUCCAGUAUCAAAAAUGACUACUACCAUGUCCAAGUCUCGAUCUGCUCAACUCAAACCCGUGCAAAAGGUGUCAGGAGUGCAAAGGCAUUCCGUCUCGGCCUAUUCUUUAACUGCCAAGGUUUGCUAA